AUGGGUGACCCACAAACGUACUUUGAAGAACACGCAACUUGGUCAUUGAUUUCUUUCUUGCAAUACAGACGACAGUAUGCAAAAGAUUUCACAAGAGAUAAACUUAAAGAACAUAGGAAAUAUACGAAAGAACUUGAUAGAAUUAUUUCAAAUAAUGAAUCAAAAGAAAAAUGUGCUCAAGCUCAAAAAUGUCUUAACGAAUUUGAUGACGAGAAAUCAUCCCAAGAAGUAAACGCUUUUUGGAUAUCGGACUCGAUAAAACUUACCAAGGUGAACAGAUUACCAUCUAUAGAUUCUUAUUUUAAUGUGACGAAUCAGAAAGUGAUGAAAGUGACGAUGAAU